CUCUUGUUGCCGUCCCGCCCGCAAGAAAGGCUGAGCGCGCCGCCCAGCAAGUCUCGCGAGAGUCAGCGGCGUCCGCCCUUGGGCGCUGGGAGCCGGAGAGUCUUGCGGUGCGGAGCUCGGGGUGUUCCGUCAUGGCUAAGACGCUUCUUCACCGGUACUGGGACAUCCCCGAAGGUACCGAGUGCCACCGCAAGGCCUACGUCACCACCAGUAUCGGUGGUGCCACUGGCCUCAUCAUCUCCGCCUACAGCGUGGUGCUCCGGACCCCGGCCUCCUACCUGGAGGGAGUGGCGAGGACAGGACGGUACACGUUUACCGCAGCCGCCAUCGGUGCCAUAUUCGGCCUCACCUCCUGCGUCAGCGCCCAGGUCCGCGAGAAGCCUGACGACCCUCUCAACUACUUCCUCGGAGGCUGCGCCGGAGGCCUGACCCUGGGAGCACGCACCCACAGCUACGGGAUUGGAGCUGCCGCCUGUGCGUACAUGGGCAUGACGGCCGCCCUGGUCAAGAUGGGCCAGCUGGAGGGCUGGAAGGUGUUUGCAGAGCCCAAGGUGUGAGCCUUGCCGCCUCCUGGGACUUCGGGCAGGUUGAAAUUCGUCUAAGAAUAAUAAAUUCUGUGUAUGUCUGUGUG